UUGGGAGAGGGUUCAACUUACUCCAGUGAAAUUACUGGCUCAGCUUUUAGCUAUUAAAACACUUUCAGAGAACUCCUCUGGUGCACAGCUCACCAAGAGGUGAGAAGUGUGAAACUUUAAAUGUCGACAGACAACAGUUUCUAACAUCCAUUUGGAAAUAUCAGCUUAUUCUGGAACAAUAUACAAGGCCCUAUUAUCAACUUUUUAUACUGUGAUCAGCUUUAACUUAGCAGAGAGAUGGGUGCUCUGGCUUUAUUGAUUCUCCCAUUAUUGGUGGCUGGGAUUGCAGGCAUUGCUUACGUUUACAAACGAAUAAUGCAACUGAUGUCCAAAUCAGCUGUGCGGAACAAAGUGAUUGUGAUAACUGAUGCUAUUUCAGGACUUGGGAAAGAAUGUUCUAGGGUAUUUCACAAUGGAGGAGGACGAGUAGUCUUAUGUGGUAAUGACUUGGAAAAGUUAGAAGCCCUGCAACAGGCUCUAAUUGAUGUUGCAGACCCCAGUUGUACAUUCAGUCCAAAGCUUGUGCUUCUGGACCUCAGCGAAACAGGGAACGUUCCUGAGGUAGCAAAGGAAAUUCUGGAAUCCUAUGGUUGUGUGGAUGUGCUGAUUAACAACAGCAGUCUGAAAGUUAAAGGAGGUGCUCUCAAUGUCACUUUAGAAAUGGACAAGAAAAUAAUGGAUGCAAACUAUUUUGGACCAGUUGCUCUGACUAAAGAGCUUCUUCCCUCGAUGAUCUCCAGACAUAGUGGCCAGAUUGUGAUAGUCAACAGCAUCCAGGGAAAAUUAGGACUUCCAUUUCGUGCAGCCUAUGCAGCAUCUAAACAUGCAAUGCAAGCCUUUUUCGAUUGCCUGAGGGCUGAAGUUGCAGAAUUCGGGAUCACCGUGAGCACUGUGAGCCCAACAUUCAUUCGCUCCUAUCACCAAAUGCCAGAGGUUGGGAAUUGGGAGGCAUCCAUUUGGAAAUUUUUUUUCAGGAAAUGGGCAUAUGGUGUGCAUCCAGUUGAAGUAGCAGAAGAAGUGUUGUACACAGUGAACAGAGGCAGCAAGGAGGUGAUGAUUGGAAAUCCAGUGCCCAAGGCAUUUGUUUAUUUAAGAACAUUUUGCCCAGAGAUCUUUUUUGCAAUUGUUGCUGCUGGAAUCUCAAGCCAACCCAUAGCAGCAGAAGAAGAACAAUAAUUUAUUUGCUUUCACUUUACUGUUUCUGUACGUUUACUGCUCCAUCCGUCUCUCCCAAAUCUGAUGCUUAAUGUUUCUUUCUGAUCCAUACAUCUCUUUCAAUUUGCCUGCUCUUAGAAUAGCUUCUUACAUAAACAUCACUCGACUUUCUUAUUUUCUGUUUUGUCUCUCUAUUCUGAUGAGUGAUAUUGUACGUUUCACUUUUAGAGACUUAGAUGUUCUAAAUUAAGCGGGCAGGUUGCAUAAACUUGGUUUACUUUCUCUUGAUUAUAGGAGGUCGAGCUGUUUAAAAUGUGAAAGGAAUUUGACGGUGCUAAUACAUAUAAACUACUUCCUCAGGUGAGGCAAUCAAGAGCAAGGGAACAAUCUUAAAAAUAGAACUUGGCCAUUCAUGAGAGAAAUCAGGAUAAACUGGAACUCUUUCCCCCUAAAAAUGCUAUGGAUGCCAAAAGAUUUGGUGCUUAUUUGGAAAUAUUUGACAGGCUCGGCUUGUUUUCACUGGGGUUUAGAAGAGUGAGGGAUGAUUUGAUUGAAGUUUCAUAGUUUGAAGACCUUGAAUGGUCU